AUGACCGCCUCCGUCACUCCUUUUCCCCCUUUUCAUGAAGGGAAUAUAAAGAACUGGUUCCUGCAAAUGGAAGCUAUCUUUACAGUCAGAAGGAUUACAGACCAAAAAACAAAGUUUGGCCACGUGGUGGCGGUUUUGCCACCCGCCAUUGUCGACGAAGUAGCAGACUUCCUAGAAGCCGUUCCUGAAGUAGAGCCCUACGCCCGGUUAAAAGAAGUGAUCUUAAGGAGAAUGGGCCGUACGGAGGAAUCAUUAAUCCGGGAACUAUUUAGCAACCUAACUUGCGAUGGCAGGACUCCCUCCCAACUCCUUCGUUAUAUGAAAAGCCGACUCGGCAAAAAUACCAUGGCUGACUCUAUAUUGAAAAGCUUGUGGCUGGAUCGUCUCCCCACCACCAUUACCCAGAUAUUGGCGCCUAUGUCCGAGAACACCCCAAUCGACCAGUUAGCGGACGCCGCUGACCGUAUUUUCUCGCAACUGGAUCAUCAGACAACGCCAGUACACAGUGCUGAAGCGACUGGGGACCACAGGUCCUUGGAAAAAACAGUGGAGGAUUUGCAGCGCCAAGCUCUAAGAAGCCAUGGUCGAAGCCGGUUCCCUUCCCGCCGGCGCUUCAGAAGUCGACCACGCUCGUCCAGUCGGAACAAGGAUGCCACUUCUACUAUGUCUGUGACCACACCCCCAGUUUCUUCCUCUUUUAUUCAGGACUUACGCCUUAAAAUGGCAAACUUAUGCUAUACACCACCGCGGCACUGCCCGAGUGAUAUCUAUUUACCGCACCAGCUCAAGGACUGCGAGUUCGUAUUUGUACGUAACGACUCUGUUAAGCGGCCUCUUACGCCGGCCUACACAGGCCCAUACCGCGUUCUUAAACGCGCGGACAAAUAUUUCCAAAUACAAAAGAGAAAACCGUCGUCUCAUACUACUUCCCAAUCAACUCCGCAAGUUCAGGAGAAUUUCAAGACACCUGUUUCUCUCGACAAGCCUAAGUAUACCAGCUCCGCAUCUAUCUAUCUAUCUAUCUAUCUAUCUAUCUAUCUAUCUAUCUAA